ACCGCUGAAUUGGUGCUCAGGCCUCUUCUAUCAAACUCGUUCAACAUGGCCGACGAACUAGAGGGAAAUGCGCGUAAGAAGAAGAGGAAAGAAACCAUUCCUGGUGUAGUUUAUAUGAGUCGAUUACCCCCAUUCAUGAAACCAGCUAAAAUAAGAAACAUAUUUUCACAAUAUGGAGAAGUAGGACGACUAUUCUUGCAGCCAGAAGGUAAGAAUUCAAGGAAAGACAGAGAAAGAAUAUGAUGUUAAUUUGAACAUGUGCUGUCUACAAAUUCCAACCACUAAAUUGAAAACCUGUGUUGAUACAAGUGGGUUAGAAUAUCAGGUAUUUUAUUAUCGUUUAUAGGUUCUUUUAAAUUUUCCUAUAAAAUGAAAAACUUAGAGGUAAGUGAUUCCCUAUGAUAAUUUAACUUUCUAGCGAAAGAAGGAGAACUUCAUGAUAAAUCGGCUGCAGGCCGUUCUCCGAGCAAUUAGAAUUUGAAUUAGCUUAUUAAAAUACCACCCAUAACUUCCUUUUGUCUUUAUAUUAAGAAUAUGAGUUCCUCUUACCUUUAAUCUAAAAAUUCUAACAUUUUUAAUAUUUUUAUCUCAAUGAAUAUUGUUUUCCUCGCUUUGCAGAUGCUGCUGUGAGGAAAAAGAGAAAGAAAUAUGGUGGGAGUGGAAGAAAGUUAUUUACAGAAGGAUGGAUCGAGUUUAAAGACAAACGAAUAGCAAAAGCUGUUGCUUUAAGUUUGAAUAACACACCUAUUGGUAAAUAAAGUCCUAAAGUUUUCUUCUUCUGAUGUGAACUUUUUUGUUUAACCCUUUAACUCCCAGAAAUGAUGAGCAUGUAAUUUCUCCCUUUAAUAUCCCCAUAUUAGGUUGUGAGAAUACCCAAACUAGUCAGAUAGGAAUUGUUAUCUUGAUCUAAUACCAAAUUCUCACAACUAGUUAACAAGGAAAUGUGUAGUAGCCAGAGGGAAGAAUUAACAAUCAGAUCUUGGGAGUUAAAGGGUUAAGUUGGCAGUCCCUGAUGAAUACCAUAGGAUGAGAGUGACUCUGAUGAUACUCUUACAAUGUUUUGUAUGAGUUACAAAAGUAAGAAGAAUAAUAUGCUAAAUUUUGUCAGUGGCACUAAUAGAUCCAUUACUGAAUCAUUAGCAGGAUAGAUUGCCAAUUAUUGAUUGAUGAAAUGACCAAUAAAUUGACUGACAAACUUAAUUCAUAAGUGAUUGACUGACUAAUUAACUGAUUGAUUGACUCACUAUGACUGAUUGACUUAUGCACAGAAUGACUGACUGCCUGUGACUAACCGAAUGAAUGACCACUUCACACUCUCUCAUACCUCUCUAAUUGAUGAUUUGAUAGUGAAAGAAACAAUCUAAGUCCUGGUGGACCAACAUUUACAUUCAGUAGGCUUGCAUUACAUUCAGUAGGCUGAUAAAUCAAGGUACCAGACAAUUUUAAAACAAACAAACUUAUAAAUGAUGGGUUGAUCUAUGGACCAGCUAAGAAACCUCAGGGCAAUUAACCCACAAACAAACCAAAAAAUCUGUCAAAGAACCAGUGGCCUGUUGGAUUUUUGUAAACUGUAUUAUUUCCUUACACACAGGGGGAAAGAAAGGAGGAUAUUACCAUGAUGAUAUAUGGAAUAUAAAAUAUCUUCCAAAAUUUCUUUGGGGACAUUUGAGUGAAAAAAUCGGUAAGUGACCUUCUUGGACCUUAAUAAUUCAUUCUAUUUGCUGUUGUUUGGUUUCAAGUGACCUUUUUCAUUUCUAAUUGCACUCAGAAUUUAUUUGCAUUUAUAUCACAUUUAUAUUUCAUUCAUGGAACAAAAACACCUUGGAAAUUGUGUUUGAUUAUUUUCUUUUAGCAUACGAGAAAGCUACAAAAGAACAAAGAAUGAGAACUGAAAUAUCCCAGGCUAAAAAGGAAGCCAACUUUUAUAUACAAAAUGUAGAGAAAGGAAAAGCCAUAGAUGCAAUGAAAACUCGUAAAAGAAAGAGAGCUGAUCAGGUAGGACUGUAUCAGGCAUGCCAAACAUAUACAUAAUGUAAUAUACAGUUAGUGUUUUUGAAAAGAAUGAUAUUAGUUUGUAUGGUUCUCUAUUAAGAAAUUUUUUGAAAGUCUACAUUUAUAUUGGAACAUGAAAAAUAGAUGGAAUAUUAAAUGGGUUAAGACCUUUCCAGUAGUUGAAGACUGUGAGGAGUCUAAUUUAUCCAUUUUUUGGAAAAAAAACCAGUAAGUUAUGCUCUCAUAAGUAUAGCUCUGGGGCUAAAUGCUCUUAUCAAAGAAAUGUUUAUCAUUUGUUCUUGAAGGAUUUCAUGAAUGAAAAGGGAUGCCCCUCAAAGCAAAACACACUAGUACUGUUUUUGAGAAAAGAGUUAUUUACUUGUGUCACAAGGGUUCUUUUAUAAUGCAGCCUUUAUUCAAACAUGUAUGAACAUACAUAUAUUAAAAAUAUGAUUUUCAUUUCCAUUACAGAGACCUGUAGAGAAGAGGUUGAGAACUUUCAGGCAGCAUCAAGUUGUUGAAGAUCAGAAAAUGACAGAGAUCAACCCUGGGAAAUCCACCGAAAAAGACGUAGGGAAGUCACUCAGUAAAGAUCUAUUGAGGAAGGUAAAACUAUUAAAAGGAAAAAUAUUCCAUGUAGGCUGA